AUGGGGUUUUUCAGAGGUUUUAUUUUCCUCUUAGCUCUGUGCCUGCUGCACCAGUCAAAUACUUCCUUCAUUAGGCUGAAUAAUAAUGGCUUUGAAGAUAUUAUCAUUGUUAUAGAUCCUAGUGUGCCAGAAGAUGAAAAAAUAAUUGAACAAAUAGAGGAUAUGGUGACUACAGCUUCUACGUACCUCUUUGAAGCCACAGAAAAAAGAUUUUUUUUCAAAAAUGUAUCUAUAUUAAUUCCUGAGAAUUGGAAGGAAAAUCCUCAGUACAAAAGGCCAAAACAUGAAAACUAUAAACAUGCUGAUGUUAUAGUUGCACCACCUACGCUCCCAGGUAGAGAUGAACCAUACACCAAGCAGUUCACAGAAUGUGGAGAGAAAGGCGAAUACAUUCACUUCACCCCUGACCUUCUACUUGGAAAAAAACAAAAUGAAUAUGGACCACCAGGCAAACUGUUUGUCCAUGAGUGGGCUCAUCUCCGGUGGGGCGUGUUUGAUGAGUACAAUGAAGAUCAGCCUUUCUACAGUGCUAAGUCAAAAAAAAUCGAAGCAACAAGGUGUUCUGCAGGUAUCUCUGGUAGAAAUAGAGUUUAUAAGUGUCAAGGAGGCAGCUGUCUUAGUAGAGCAUGCAGAAUUGAUUCUACAACAAAACUGUAUGAAAAAGAUUGUCAAUUCUUUCCUGAUAAAGUGCAAACAGAAAAAGCAUCCAUAAUGUUUAUGCAAAGUAUUGAUUCUGUUGUUGAAUUUUGUAAUGAAAAAACCCAUAAUCAAGAAGCUCCAAGCCUACAAAACAUAAAGUGCAAUUUUAGAAGUACAUGGGAGGUGAUUAGCAAUUCUGAGGAUUUUAAAAACACCAUACCCAUGGUGACACCACCUCCUCCACCUGUCUUCUCAUUGCUGAAGAUCAGUCAAAGAAUUGUGUGCUUAGUUCUUGAUAAGUCUGGAAGCAUGGCGGGUUAUGACCGCCUAAAUCGAAUGAAUCAAGCAGCAAAACAUUUCCUGCUGCAGACUGUUGAAAAUGGAUCCUGGGUGGGGAUGGUUCACUUUGAUAGUACUGCCACUAUUGUAAAUAAGCUAAUCCAAAUAAAAAGCAGUGAUGAAAGAAACACACUCAUGGCAGGAUUACCUACAUACGCUCUGGGAGGAACUUCCAUCUGCUCUGGAAUUAGAUAUGCAUUUCAGGUGAUUGGAGAGCUAUAUUCCCAACUCGAUGGAUCUGAAGUAGUGCUGCUGACUGAUGGGGAGGAUAACACUGCAAGUUCUUGUAUUGAUGAAGUGAAACAAAGUGGGGCCAUUGUUCAUUUUAUUGCUUUGGGAAGUGCUGCUGAUGAAGCAGUAAUAGAGAUGAGCAAUAUAACAGGAGGAAGUCAUUUUUAUGCUUCAGAUGAAGCCCAGAACAAUGGCCUCAUUGAUGCUUUUGGGGCUCUUACAUCAGGAAAUACUGAUCUCUCCCAGAAGUCCCUUCAGCUCGAAAGUAAGGGAUUAACACUGAAUAGUAAUCUCUGGAUGAACGACACUGUCAUAAUUGAUAGUACAGUGGGAAAGGACACGUUCUUUCUCAUCACAUGGAACAGUCGGCCUCCCAGUAUUUCUCUCUGGGAUCCCAGUGGAACAAUAAUGGAAAAUUUCACAGUGGAUGCAACUUCCAAAAUGGCCUAUCUCAGUAUUCCAGGAACUGCAAAGGUGGGCACUUGGGCAUACAAUCUUCAAGCCAAAGCAAACCCAGAAACAUUAACUAUUACAGUAACUUCUCGAGCAGCAAAUUCUUCUGUUCCUCCAAUCACAGUGAAUGCUAAAAUGAAUAAGGACGUAAACAGUUUCCCCAGCCCAAUGAUUGUUUACGCAGAAAUUCUACAAGGAUAUGUACCUGUUCUUGGAGCCAAUGUGACUGCUUUCAUUGAAUCACAGAAUGGACAUACAGAAGUUUUGGAACUUUUGGAUAAUGGUGCAGGCGCUGAUUCUUUCAAGAAUGAUGGAGUCUACUCCAGGUAUUUUACAGCAUAUACAGAAAACGGCAGAUACAGCUUAAAAGUACGGGCUCAUGGAGGAGCAAACACUGCCAGCCUAAGAUUACAGCCUCCACUGAAUAGAGCCGUGUACAUACCAGGCUGGGUAGUGAACGGGGAAAUUGAAGCAAACCCGCCAAGACCUGAAAUUGAUGAGGAUACUCAGACCACCUUGGAGGAUUUCAGCCGAACAGCGUCCGGAGGUGCAUUUGUGGUAUCACAAGUCCCAAGCCUUCCCUUGCCUGACCUAUACCCACCAAGUCAAAUCACAGACCUUGAUGCCACAGUUCUUGAGGAUGAGAUUAUUCUUACAUGGACAGCACCAGGAGAUAAUUUUGAUGCUGGAAAAGUUCAACAUUAUAUCAUAAGAAUGAGUGGAAGUAUUCUUGAUCUAAGAGACAGUUUUAAUGAUGCUCUUCAAGUAAAUACUACUGAUCUGUCACCAAAGGAGGCCAACUCCAAGGAAAUCUUUGCAUUUAAACCAGAAAAUAUCUCAGAAGAAAAUGCAACCCACAUAUUUAUUGCCAUUAAAAGUAUAGAUAAAAGCAAUUUGACAUCAAAAGUAUCCAACAUUGCACAAGUAACUUUGUUUAUCCCUCAAGCAAAUCCUGAUGACAUUGAUCCUACUCCUACUCCUACUCCUAAUCCUACUCCUACUCCUACUCCUACUCCUACUCCUACUCCUACUCCUGAUAAAAGUCAUAAUUCUGGAGUUAAUAUUUCUACCCUGGUAUUGUCUGUGAUUGGGUCUGUUGUAAUUGUUAACUUUAUUUUAAGUACCACCAUUUGAACCUUAAUGAAGAAAAAAAUCUUCAAGUAGACCUAGAAGAGAGUUUUAAAAAAAAAAAAAUGUAAGUAAAGGAUAUUUCUGAAUCUUAAAAUUCAUCCCAUGUGUGAUCAUAAACUCAUAAAAAUAAUUUUAAGAUGUCUGAAAAGGAUACUUUGAUUAAAUAAAAACACUCAUGGAUAUGUA